AUGAUAAAAAAUAUUGUGAACCAAUUUAUUAAAAUAUAUGGACAGGAAUAUUUAGGAGAAUGGGAUGCUAUACAGAAUUUGACAAUUAAUUCUGUUACUUCUCCCGAGAUAAUACUUAAAAAUGUUCCGUUCCCUGAAAAAUUUUUCGAAUUAGCUGAUUUACCCUUGGAAAUUAUUUAUUCUAAUAUUAAAAAUGUGCGCAUAAAAUUUUUGUGGUCUUCUAUAUUUUCCAGUAAUAUCAGUCCAAUAAAUAUUUAUGCAAACGAUAUAUUUCUGGUGGUAAAAUUUUCGUAUCCAAGUAUUUGGAACACCAAUAAAACAUUGAAUACUCAAUAUGAAGUUAAAAAAAAAAAGUUAAGAAAAUGGGAUAGUGUUAAUAUAUCUAAAGAAAAAAAGGAAGAGAAUUUUUUAAAAGCUCUCCCUAUAAAAUUAAUUAAUUCUUUAAGAAUAUUUGCAGAAAAUAUUAAGAUAAUAUUUUUUGAUAAUCAUAUACAUACAAAACCAUUUACUCUAGAAUUUUUUGUAAAAAGCUUCAAAAUUGAUGAGUUAAGUAAAUACAAACUGAAAUUAAAUGAAGAAGAGAAAAAAAACAUUAAGAAAAAUUUGUUAAUUAAUAUAUGGAUACGAUUAAUAGGUAUCCAUAUGAUUUAUAAAGAAUAUCGAAAAAAAAUCAAAUAUAACAAGAGAGUUAAGAAGGAAAACGAGGAAAAGGGAUGUAAAAGGGAUAAUUCGAAAGAAAAACAUGAUAAAUCUCAAAAUAAAAGUGAAACCGUUCAAGACGAAAUGUUUCUCACAGCUAUUGAAAAACUAUUCAGCGAAAGCACAAAUUCGCUUAAAGAACCAUUGAAAAUUCAUCUGAAAAAUAGUCAAAGUAAAAUAUUACAUAAAACUAGGAAUGGCAAAUAUUGCUCAUUUAGUGAUUAUGAAAUGAAUGAAAGAAUAAAAGUAGGAUCCUUAAGAAAGAAAAAAAGAAAGAAAGAAAUAGAUAUAAUGAAGAAAAAAGAAAAGAUAAAAAAUAUAUAUAAAAAAGGUUAUUCAGAUGGAAGUUCAUUUAAAAAAGAAGAACGCUACUAUUUUGAUAUUCCAAAAAACAAUACAGGAUUCAGAAUAACUCCAAAAGAAGGAAUAGAAUUACAUGUUAUAUUUAAGAAACACGAUAUAAAAGCUUUAAAUGAAUUAAAAGAAGAUAUAAAAUAUUUUAAAAAUGUUGAAAUGUGUAUUUUAAGACACAACAAAGAAUAUAGUAGUGAACAUCAUCUGAACAAUACACCAAGAGAUGAAAUGUAUGUGAAAAAGUCAUGUAACUGUUACAAUAUUAGUAAACAAGUAUCAAUGGAUGAAAAUAAUAAGUAUAAUAUUAAUAUUGAACAUAAUGAUAAUAAUAUAGAGAAUUUUGAAAAUAAUAAUAGUAAUAGCAAUAGUAAUAGUAAUAAUUAUUAUAUGAAUAAUAAUUUCCCUGUAUAUAAUGAUCCAAAACAACAUAACGUUAAUAAUAUUAAUAAUGAAAUUAUAUCAAUAGAUUAUGAUUUGAUUAUAGAAAAUGGAUUUAAAAAUGAUGUUCCUCCUACAUUCAAUAAUAUAUCAAAUUAUGAAAAUUUAGAAAUUAAUUUUACUAGCGAAUGUUUUAAUGCUUUUUUCAAUUUUAUAAAAUAUAUAGAGUUCUAUUAUUUAUAUAAAGGUGGAUGUACGAAAAUAUUUAAUAUCGUCCCAAGUAUAGAAGAAUGUAUAAAAUAUUCAGAAUAUAGAAAAACAUUCAAUCAAAAGAAUUCAAAAAUGAAUGAUGAAUAUGCUGAAGAGUUCAUGAAUAAAUUUGAAGCUUCCUGUCCAAUACACUUAUUAACAAAAUUAAGAUUAUUAUCAGAUGAACGGAUAUAUAGUAAAGAAUAUUUUAAUAAUAUACAGAAAGGUGAGUGGAAAAAGUUAUUUUAUAAUUUUAUAAAGAAUAAAAAAGGAAAAAAUUAUAUGAUUGAUGAAAAUUUAGAGAAGCUUGAUAGAUGGUUUACUCAUGAUAUGUUAUUUAAUUUAGUUUUACCACAAAUUAACUUUACAUAUAUUCCUUUAAAUUUGAAUCAUUAUAAUAAUAAUAAAAUAUAUUAUAAUAAAUGUUUUUUAUCUUAUAAUAUUAGUUGUUCAUUUUUAUUUAAACAGGAAAAAUUAUCAUCUAUGAAAAAGAGAUAUGCUAUAUAUAUGCAUAAUUUUAAUAUUCAUUCUUUAUUCGUACUUUUUAAAAGAAAUAAAAAAUUUCUUAUAAAUAAAAAAUUUUGUCCAAUAUAUUUAAUAGAAAAAUUGGGUAUAAAAAAUCAUUGUGUAUAUAAUGAAAUUAGUCAUAAAUGUAUGAAUCCAUAUGAUAUCCAUCCACAUAAUUUUAAUGAGGAAUAUUUACUGGAACAAAAUUUUAUCACCCAAAAUAUACAAAAUGGACAUAAUUAUAAUAAGGAUAUAAAUGAUAAAAAUUAUAAGGAUAAUUUUAAUCAAAAUUAUGAUUAUGAGAAAAGCAAGAAAAAUUAUAAGGGUUCCAUUUUAAAUAGUUUAGGAAAAAAUACAAACAAUAUAGAUAUACACCAUGAAGUAAAUAAUAAUUUACCAAGUGACAUAAUGAGAUCUAAUAGUACAUGUAGUAAUUAUAAAAUACAUUACGAACAUAAUUAUAAUAAUAUAGAACAUUAUGAUAAUACAGUUAAUUAUAAGGAGAAUAAAAAAUGUAGUCAUAUUAUAACUACUAAAGAAAAAGAAGCCUAUAUGAGAUCAGCUGGUCAGAGGGGGAGAAAUCAUUUAUUUUAUAAUGAAUAUUAUAAUAACACAACAAAGGGGCGAUAUAAAAAUAUGUACAUGAAUAACCUCAACUAUAAUAAAUAUAAUGAUAAUAAUUGCGAUAAUAAUUGUGAUAAUAACUGUGAUCAUUAUUGUGAUAAUAAUUGUGAUAAUAAUAAUUAUUAUUAUGAGAAAGAUUAUAUGUGCCAUAUAUUUUUUAAUAAUGAUAACAAAGUUAAUGACAAUAUGCAGUAUAAAUAUAUAGAUGGUAACAUAGAUACAAAUAAUGUGGAUAAAAAAAAAAUACCAAUAGAAAACUUACAAAGCUUUAAAAAUGAAUAUAUUUCUCAAAAACAUAAUAUGAAUAAAAACAAAAUGAUACAUGAGAAUGAUAUUAAUUAUAACAAAAAUAAUGUUGAUUCUAAGACAGAUGAUAAAAAAGGAUUUUGGAAAUUUAUUUUAGGAAAGAAAUAUAAAGGAGAAGAUGAUUCCAUUAAAAAUAAUAAAUCAAAUUAUAAUACCAUUUUAGGAACGAAUUUUGAUUUAUUAAUAUAUAAUAAAAUUAAUAAAUUACCUAAUUGUACUAUGAUUUUUAUAAAUGAUUAUAGUAAUAAUAUUAGAGAAAUGGAUAUAUAUAUUUGUAAAUAUAUUAUAAAUAUAAAUAAUCUUAUACCUAUAAUGAAUUUUAUACCAAAAAAUAAUAUAUGUCUAGAAAUUUUCCUUAAAUAUGAUAAUAUAAUAGAUAAAGAUGUCAUUGAAGCUUUAACUCUAUAUUUAAGUAUGGGUAGUGCCAGAAAAAAAAUUGUUCAAGUAUGUAUUGAACAAUUAAAAACUUAUUUUAUACAUUCGUCUUAUCUGUAUAAAGAACUCGUUAAUAUUAAAUCAUAUUUAAAUAAAAUAAAAAAAAAAAAAUUAGUCGGAACUAUGUAUAGUAGGGAAAUUUUCAUUGAGCAUUCUAUACUUAUGGAUCCUUUUAAGUCCAAAAUGGAUGAAAAGGAAAAGGUACAAGAUAAACAAAAAACAAGAAAAAAUUUUGGAAAUAAAAAGUUAAAGGAUUCUAUACAAAAUAAGAAUUUUUAUAGAUCACCUAACAUUAACAAUAUGAAAGAGGUAAAAAAUCAUAAUGUUAAUAUUGAGAAAAAUAUUAAAAAAGGAAGACAUACAAAUGAUAACCAUUUUGGUGACCAAAUUUCAUCUGCAUUGGAACAUAAACGUUAUGAUAAAGAUGAUAAUAAUGUUGAAAAUGUUAUUAACAUAAACAAUCAUAAUAAUAUUCUUUGUAAAAACAAACAAAUUAUUAAAUUUGCUGAAAAUGAAGAAAGUAAUGCCUUAAACAUACAUAAUUUAAUUUUAAAUAAUUUGUUUGUACCACAAAAAAAUGUAUAUCAUAUUAAAAAGAAUAAUAGCUUUUUACUCUAUAAAGGAAAAAGAAAAAAAAGUAACUUUCUUUAUUCCAUGAGAAAUAGUUAUUAUACAUUUUUAAAAAAAUAUAUGGAAUAUAAUAAUUACAUGCAUAAGGUUAAAAAUACUAGUUUAUUAUCUAUAGGAUUUUGUUUUCAAUUGAAAAAUAUUUUCCUUUUCCAUGAUAAAGAAGAUUCUUUAUUUUAUUUACAUUCAAAAUAUAUUAAAUUAGAGCAUUUAUUCAACCCAUGUUUUAAUAACAAUAAACACAAUAAUUCUGUUGUUGCAUGCAAUCGAUUUGAAUUUAGAGAAUCUUCUAAUGAUAAAACAUCACACAGUAAUAAUUCAAAAAAAAUAUAUAAAGAGGAGAAGAAAAAAUAUUCAGAUUAUAUUGAUGGGAAGAACAUGUAUCCUAUGAAUAUAGAUCAAACAGUUAAAAAUAAAGAAUUAUUAUUAUAUAUUAAAUCAUUAAAAUUAAAAAAGAAUAACAAUGUAUAUUCCUUAAGAAUUGAUAUAGUUAAUUGUAAUUUGAAUGAAGUAUGUAUAUCAUUAUUAUCUGUAUAUAAAUAUAUGAUACCAUAUGAUCAUUUAGAAUUAAUAAAAAUACGAUUAAAGAAGUAUUAUAGAAUUAAACAAUUUCUAAUAGACAAUAAUAAAAAUACAUCUCACUUAAGAAAAUUUAAUAUAACAAAUAAAUUGUUGUACAUGAUUUUGGAUAAUUUUUUUUAUAAAAAUCACAUGAUUGGUGAAAAAAAUCAAAUGAUGAUUCAUAAUAAAAAAUAUGAUGAUAAUAUGAAUAUUGUUAAAGCAAAUAAAAAUUAUGAAAGGUAUAUAAAAAAUUUAGUAAUUAAAAUAUUAGAUCAUGAAAAAAUAUUAUAUAAUAAGGAAGAUUUUGAAGAAAUUUUUUAUAUGAUUGUAAGAAGAAAUGCAUAUAAUCAACAACGUUUUGAUAGUUUAUAUUUUAAAGAAAAUGAUAUAUUAAAAAAAAAUAGUAUUAGAAAUGAUAAGAAUAAAUAUAUUCUUGAUAGUACAGAGGACACAUUCUCUUUUAAUACUAUGGAAAGAAAUUCAGCUGAUUAUUUGUCUAAUGAGAAAUGUAAUAAAUAUAACAGUUCGAUAAAUGAUAUUUCUAUAAAUGAUAGUUCGAUAAAUAACAAUUCGAUAAAUAACAUUUCGAUAAAUAACAGUUCGAUAAAUAAUAUUUCUAUUAAUAAUGAUAGAAUGAAUAAUGAUUCAAUAUAUAUUAACUCCUUGAAUAAUUAUUCACAUUUAAUAGAUAGGGAAUACAAUUCUAGUAUAGAUAAUACAUUUAUAAGUAAUAAUGAUUAUUAUAAUGUUAAUAGUUAUUCAUAUAAAUAUUCUGAAAACUAUUAUUCUGAUAUUGAUAAAUAUUCCAAUUGUACAUAUAAUUACAAUGGCGAAAAAGAGGAGAUAUUAAUAAAAGAAAGAAAUAAAAUUAUAGAUAAUGAGGAAAAAGAAGAUACACAAAAAAUAAAGAAAUAUAUUGAUAUGAAAAUGGAUCGUAUAAAUAUAAUAAAACACGCAAAUAAGGAAUUUUAUCAAAAUUGUAAUUAUCUGAAUUUAAUAGAUCUUUUUAUCUUUGAGCAUAUAAAUUAUGAUGAUGAAACGAUUAAUGAAGAAGACUUGUUUUUUAUAAAUAACAACAAUAAUAACAAUAAUAAUAACAACGACAACAAUAAUAAUAAUAAUAAUAAUAAUGUGUGUAGUGAAGAUAUUAUUACACAAAUGGAUACAUUAAAUAGCAAAAAUAAUAUUAAAGAGAAAAUAUAUUUUUUGUUAAUAGAAAAAACGAAUAUAAGUAUAAAUAAUAGAAAUGAAGGAAUGUUUAAAUUUGUCUUAAAUAAUUUUAUGAGUGAAAUAUGUCGCUUAUAUAAUGGUAUAAAUAUAUCUAUGAAAAUACAAUCCUUUUAUAUAUUUUAUAUACUAAAAAUAUGCAAAAAACGAUAUAAUGUAAAAUAUGUUACGGAUAAGAAAAAUCACAAAAUUCAUGUUAGAAAUGAUAAGGAAGGAUAUUUUGAAUUACCUAAAGAAACUAAAGGAAAUGAAGAAAAGAAGAAAAAAAAUUAUAAUAUUAUUAAAACAUGUAAAAAAUAUAUUAUAUUAACCGAUACAGUUAGUAAUCUUUUUAGUGUUUCGAAAUGCAAUAUGAAAAAGAAGAAAAGUAAAAAAAAUUCGUUUUUUUUUGAUAAUAAUAUAUGUAUAUUAAGUAAGAGAAAAUUUGAUUUAUAUAUAGAUGAUUAUCAUAUGAAUUAUAAAAAUAUGAAACCACAAAUUCAUUUAGAUAUUCAUAUAAAUAAAUGGACAAAUGAAAAAAUUAUCAAAAUAUCUUUAUCGAACUUUUACUUUUUUUAUAGUUCUACAUUGUUUAUAUUAUUUAGUAAUGUCGUGAUAAAUUAUAUUUUGACAUAUAUUCAAGAGAAACAAAAGUUAAAUAUUCUAUUAUUUCAAUAUGACAAUUUUAGAAGUGCAAUAAGUUCUAAAUAUACCAAUCCUCAUUUGGAAAAUAAGGGAUAUACAUAUGACAAAAAUAAAUCAUAUACAUCUAUAGACAAAUAUACUCUUCACUUUUUGUCAAGGAAUAAACUGAAGAAGAUCAAAUUAUAUAAUGACAAAUUUGUUAGUAUCGAACAAAUUGAUAAUAUAUGUGACAGUUCUGAACAUAGUAUAUUAGAUGAUAACAAUGAUGAAGAAAUUGACAUGAGAAAUAAGGGUAUUGCACAAAAUAGUAAUAAUAAUGAAAAUAAUAUAUGUAAAAAGGAAAAGACUAAAGAGAUUAAAGAUAUAAAUGGAGAUUAUACAGGUGUAAGUGAUAACACAUUUUACUAUGAUAUGUAUGAAAAUGAAAAAUAUAGAGAAAAAAGAAAAAAAAAUAGUAAACAUUAUUAUGACUACAAUACAUAUAAAAGUGUAGGAGAAGAUAAUCCUAUAAAAGAACUAUUAAAUGAAAAAAUAAAUGAACAAAUUAAUAAUAAUGGUUUAUACAAUAAAUUGUAUUAUCAUGAUAAUAUGACAAGUUCUUUUGAGAAACAAAAUACAUUUGAUAAAAAUUUCAACACUUAUAUAUCUCGUAAUAGAAACAAAAAAACAAUUAUUAAUAAUAAUAAUAUUAUACAUGGAUCAAUUAUGAAAAAUAAUUCAUAUAGCGAAGGAAAUACCAAUAAAUCUGAAUAUGAAUAUAAAUAUGAAUAUGAAUUAAAUGAAAAAAAUAAAAUGGACAAGGAAGAAUAUAUAAAAAAUCAUAAGCAAACAAAUGAUUGUACUAAAUAUAAUAUUAACAAGGAUGGUUAUCCAAAAGAAAAUUCUUAUGAAACAUUCAGAAAAUUUUCUAACUCAUGUUAUGAUUUAAAAUUGUAUGGUAACAAACAUGAUAAUUUAAGUAAUAGAGAAAAUGAUAACAUAUCCUCACAAAAAGAAGAAAAAAAAAAACAUUCUAUUCAAAAAUAUCCAAAAUUGUAUAAGGCAAAAAAUAAAAGAAAAAAAUCGGAUCACAUUGAAAGAUUAAAUGAUAUUCCUAAUGCUAUUAAAAGUGAUACAAAAAAAUUUCCUAGUUAUAAUAAUAUAUAUUCGAAACGUAAAAUGAAGAAAAUGUAUGAUAAUAAAAUGAAUAAUAAAAAUAUUAAUAAUAAUAAUAAUAAUAAUAUAAUUAACGAUAAUAUAAUGAAUGAUAAUAGAAAUAAAAAUUCAAGUGAUAAUAUAGAUAGUAACAAUUAUAAGAAAGAUAUUAAAAUAUUUAUUUCUUCUGAAAAUGUAAACAUAUGUUAUCUUGUGAAUUAUCAUAGAUUUAAAUAUAUUUAUAAGAAGAACUUUAAUAUAGAUACAUAUAUGAAUGAUUAUAUCAAUUUAAUUGAUAGUUGUUCUAAUUUUUGUGAUAAAAAUGAAAAUGAGAAUUCAGAUAAUCAUGAACAUGUAGGAAUCAUAAAUAAGGAUUUAUAUAAUGUAAACUUAAACUUUUUAUUUAAACUUGAUUAUAUGUGUAUAGAAGACAAACAAAAAAGUAUUAUGGCGUUUUUUCCUUUUUUCUAUAUUAUGCUCAUGAAAAAUUGUAAUUAUGUUAUCUCACACCUUACAGUAGUAGAUAUUAAAUAUAAUUCUCAAUAUUUUAUUAAAGAAAAAAAGAAAAAAGAAGAAAAUAGGAAAAAUAAUAAUGAUGUAGAGAAUAAUAUGCGGGCUAAAUGUAAUAGACAUUUGUCAAAUUAUAUGAAUUCAAUUUUAAAUAAUUCUGCUGAUAACAAACAUAAUAAUUUAGAUAAGGAAAGAGAAAAAGAACCAAUUUUUAUGAAUCCAUAUGAAGAUAAGGACAAAACAAAAGAUGAUGUAGAACAUUCUAUUAACUCUAAUCAAAUAAGGUACGUGGGAAAUGUAAAAUGUAUUGGAAAUAAUAAUAAGCAUAAAUAUGUAAUACCAUUUAAGAGUAAUGUAAAAAAUAAAAUGGAGGGAAUAUCUUCUUCUAGUGAUAGUUGUAUAUAUAAAAAAACCAAAAGGAAAAAAUAUAUAGAUGAUAUUGAUUGUAAUAAUAUUAAUGAUAAAAAUAAAAAAUCUUACGAUAUUCUUUAUGGAAACAAUUCUCAAGAAUAUUAUGAAAAUAUUAAAAAUUUGAGAAAUUAUUUGAAAAAUGAUAUGAUUAAAAAUGUGAAAAAAUCGUCAGAACAUAAAUCAAUUGAUGGAAAUGCUAAUAAUUUAUAUGAUAUACCACCUAAUGAUAAUGAAAUGAAAGAUGAGUUCUUAAUAAAAAAUGACGAUGAUAAUAAAAUGAAUUCCAUGUGUGUAGAUAAAGAUGAUUAUAAGCAAAGGUCCUAUAUUAGUUAUUUAUUAAAUUAUAAAAAGAAAAAUGGUGAAAAUAAAUAUAGUACUAAAAAUAAUAUAAUGAAGCGUUUUAAUUCCUUAAUACAUUUUAUAGGAAUACAUAAUAAUACUUCUAAAGGUGCUAGUAAAAAAAUUAAAGGUAUUAAAAGAUCUCUUAGUUUAUUUAGUUUUAAAUCUUUACCUAUUCGAAGGAGAAAAUUUGGUAAAUGGAAUAGUAAUACAAUUGAUGUAUUCCAAGUAGGUCAGGAAAAUAAUUAUAAGAAGAAUAAAAAGAAGACAAAAAAAUUUUUUGGAUUAUUUAAUACAGAUAAUAAUGAUAAUAAUAAAUCUUUAAAUGAUAAUAUAGAUUAUAAUAAAAAUAAUUCAGGAUUGAAUAAGGAGAGAAAUAAUAAUUUGGAUUAUGACAAAAAUGGAAAAUAUGAAAAGGUGUCAUAUGAUGAACAUAAAAAUAUAUCAUUCACACAUUCUGAUAAUAGAAAUGCCUGUAUAAUUAAUAAAAAUAAUACUGAAAAAAAUCUUAAGAUGAAUUAUGAUACCUUAUCAGGAGAUAAUAAUAUCAAAAAGAAUAAAAAGAAUAGAUGGAAAUUAUCUUCUUGUACUGUAUCAAUAUUUAAUAUAAAUUUAUUCAAUUGUAUUUAUUUGAAAAAGUAUAAAAAACAUGGAGAAAUAUAUCUACAACCAUUGAUAUAUAAUUAUAAGAAUUCUAACAUAUUAAAUACUAUUUAUGAAAAAUCAGACAUAUAUGAAAAUAAUUCUUUUAAUAUAAAUUAUUUUGAUAUCAAUAAUAAUUUAAAACACAUGAAUUAUAAAAAUAUUGUAAGUAAUUAUUAUAUAAUAGAAAAUGAGUUUACACUUAUCGAAUAUAUAAAUCAACUAUAUAAUCUUGAAUGGUUUAAUAAAUUUAAUUUACAUCAUUUGUAUAAUGUUAAUAGAAUACAAUCUAACUUUUCUAAUUUUAUGAAACUGAAUAAAAGGAAGGGUUCUAUAGUAUGUUGUUAUGUUCCUGUAUUUUAUAAAAAUAUUUCAUUGACAUAUAGAAAUAUAUAUAAAUGUUUAUUGAUAAAUAAAUAUAUGGAAAGCAUCCCAUAUUUAUCCAAACUAUACAAAAAUGAACAUAUGUGUAAAUAUUUAUUUGGAAAUAAAAAUAAACAUAAUUUGAAUGAUAAUUAUAUUAAAGAGUAUAUAUUACAUUUGUUAAAAAAAAAACAAUCAGAAAAAGAACAGUAUGAACAGAAGUACAGUUUUGAGUUGAAGAAGGAUAUAUUUAAAGAUAUGAAGAAUGAUGAUAGAACACAAAAUAAAAUUAAUAAGAAUAUCAUUAAGGAGAAAAGGGAUUAUUAUAAUAAUUCUAAUAUUAAUAUAAUAAAUAUGAAAUAUCAUAAAAAUGAUAAUAAUAAUAAUAAUAAUAAUAAUAAUAAUAAUUACAAUAAUAAUAACAAUAAAAACAAUUACAAUAAUAAUAAUAAGAAGAAUUACAGUUAUAGUAAUAUUCCAAAGGAAUUAUCAAAUGAUUUAAAAGAAAAAGGAAAUAAAAAAUAUUAUCAACUUUUCCAAUCACAAAUUGUACAAAAUAUUUUUAAUUAUCGUAAUAAAAAUAAACAUAAUAAUAAUGUAGAUAAUAUAGAAAAUGUUAUGCAAAAUGAAGUAAUAAAAGAUGAUGUAAAACCUUUAAAUGUAUCAUGUUCCUUAUAUGAUAAUAGCAACUUGUCUUCUUAUCCUUUCCAUAUUUAUAAUAAUAAUAAUAACAACAAUAAUGGUAAUUGUAAUAGUAAUAGUAAUAAUUGUAACAGCUUGAAUAAUUAUUUAAUUUAUAAAAAAGAUUUUAUAAGUUAUAAUUUGUGGAAACAGAAUCAUAUUUAUAUAUCAUUAAAAAAAGAAGUAUCAUAUGAAAUGUUAAAGAAAAAACAAAACAAAAAAAAAAAGUGUACUAAUGAAGGAUUCCAUUUUUAUAUUCACUUUUAUUCAUCCAGUUUAAAUAUGGAUCCAUAUUUUUUAUCUACAAUCAAUUUUUAUUUUCUUAACAAUUUAAAUAAAAAUCUUAUAUUAUGUGAUAUAAAAGAGACCAAAGCUUAUUUUUUACAUAAAUAUAAAAAUAUCAGAUGUUACUACAAUCAUACAAUGGGUAUUGAUGAACACAAUAAUGAUUUAAUGAAUAAGCAUAAUAUGAAUGUGAACAAUAAUAAUAAUAAUAAUAAUAGUGAAAUAUAUGGACACAUAAAAUAUGGAAGAAACGAUAUAUAUGAAAGACCUUCUAUUAGGAAAAAUAAAUAUGGUAAGAAAAAAGGAUAUACAUCAAAAUAUGCUGAUAAUAAUAAUAAUAUUUGUAAUAACAUUGAAGUGCAGAAGAGUCAUAAUAAGAAAGAAGAAUGUUUUGGACAAACACCUUUUACAAAACAAGAUAAGUUAUACAAUUUUAUGAAUAGACUUAAUAACAUUUGUGAAAAAAUUAUAGGAAAAUUAGAAACUAAAAAGAAUUUUAUAAUAAAUUUGGAUAUUUCUAAUAUAGAUAUUAAUAUUCUUGAUUGUUCUUAUAUAUAUGAUAGUAAAUAUUUAUACGUUGAUCAUGUACAUCCAUAUUAUAAUAAUCAAUAUAUUUAUGUAUCUAUGGAACAAUAUGAAAAUAUAAAAAAAAAUAGUGGAAAUUAUUACAAUGAAUUUUUUAAAUAUGAAGAAAUAGAUCAUAAGAGUUUUUCCAAUGAUUUUAAUUAUCUCAUAUAUAAUGCAUUUACUAAUUAUUCAUAUAAUAAUUCUUUUUAUAUUAUCUCAAUUAAUCCAAAUAGUGUUAAAAGAAUGUCAAUAAAAAUGUCAUCAACUAUUAUAUGUAAUAAUAUAAAUAAAGAAUUGAAUUUCCAUGAUGUUUUAAGUAUAUUUGUUCAUACAUUUAAAAUGAAGUUUUCUAAAUUGAAAACAAAUUAUAUGAAGAACAGGGCAAUACAAAGCAAAAAUUAUAUGCAUAAAUUGUUAGAAGAAUUGUAUAAUGAUAAGGAUGAUUAUUGUCAUAAGAUACAUAAAAGAGAGAGAACAAAAAGUAAAACAAAAAAAAAUUCAAGAAGAAAUAUAAACAACAAUGCAAACAAACAUACAUACACUACCAUAAAUAAUAAUAGGACUAGUGAUAGUAUAAGUAAUUUUAAUUAUAGCUAUGAUAAAGAAAAUGAUAACAAUCAUAUUAGCCAUUUGAACAAUAAUAUUUUUAAUACAUUAAGUAAUGAGAGUUCUGCUCAGGAUAAUAUAAAUAAUACGUACUCUAGUUUGUCAAAACAAAAUAAUAAAAAUAUGAUAAACCAUUAUGAUAUGAUUAUAAAUUCGUCUAAAUCAAAUGAAGAUACAAAUCAUUGUCGUCGUUAUCCAAGCUCUUCUUUGUCAAAUUAUGAUGAAUCAACUUCAUGCGCUUCAACAUCUUCCAUUUUUGCUUCUUCGCUAAAUUCAGUAUUAUUUUAUAAUUCUCAAGAAAGAUACAAUAAUAAUAAUAAUUAUAAUAAAAAUAAUCCUGAAGGAAUUGGUAAUACAGGAAAAAGAUAUGAAUCUAUGAAUGAAUAUAAUUAUAACAUGUUACACAAAAUAAAUAAAAGAUACAAGUACUGGAAUGAAGAAAGAAUUUAUUAUGAAAAAAGUAAAAGCUUCUCUGAUAGCAUUUAUACAAAAGAAAGUUUAUGCCAAAAGAAACAAAAGAAAAAUAAUUAUAUAAAUAUGUAUAAUGAACCUUUUAUGAAUAUUCAUAAUUCUUUAUCAAAUGAUUACAAUGAUAUAAUGAAAAGUACUAUUAAAAACGAUCAUGAUAGAAAAAUUAGGAAAAACAUAAAAAGACAAUUUUAUAAGUUUAUUAAAAAGGUAUAUAAAAAUAUAUUAUCACAAAACAGACGAAAUAAAUUAAUUUUAAAUAAUAUUGUUCAAGAUAAUAAAUGGAUUAUUAAUUUAGAAAAUUUUGUAUGUUUUAUACCAUCAUUUCAAAGAGGAUUUAAAUUGUCAUUAUAUUUGAAUAAAUUAAUAAUUUAUGAUUAUAAUAAAAUAAAUAUAUGUAAUAAUAUUUCACCAUUUAGAUUAUUUAUUAAAAAUAAUGCUUCCAAAAAAUAUUUACAAUUAUGUAAUAAAAUAUUAAAUAUAUAUGAAUAUUUAUAUAUAAGAAAAAUAUUACUGAAAGGAAAUGGAAAAGGGAAAAGAAAAAUAAUAUUGGAAAAUUUAAAAAAUCAAAUAUAUAAUAAUCAGUUUUAUCUUAUAGCAUAUGAAAAUAUGAAGAAUAUAAAUUUUCAUAUAGAUUUAAAAAAUACAAGAUUUACUAUUCAUAAUAAAACAACAAUGGAUUUAAUAAAUUUUUCUGUAGAAUUAUGGAAUAGUUUUUAUUCUUAUUUAUAUGUAUAUACUAUAUUACCUGAGGUUUCUAGUUCCUCAUUUUGUUAUCUCAAUUCUUGUAUAAAUGUGGAUAAUUUUCAAAAGGGUUUGUUAUUAUAUAAUAAUAUUUUGCGAAAUUAUAUUAGCAUGUGUAAAAACGGGAAGAAUGAAAAUGUGCCAUAUCUUCAUCGUAAAGGAUAUUCAUUAGAUGAUACUCAUAUAAAUAAUGAUAAAAAUAAUAAUAAUAAUAUACUUAUAAGGGAUGAUAAUAAUUAUGAUAAUCACAAUGACAUUGAUAAUAAUAUAAUUAAGAAAGAAGACUCUAAAACAUGUUCGAUUUUGAAACAUCAUCGAAAUAAUACACAAUCUGAAUAUGAUAAAUACGAAGAAAGUGAUUGUUGUGAUAAUUCAUAUAAUAAAAAGAGUUUAAUUAUAUUAGAUAAUAAUACGACGUCAAAAUUUUCUAAUAAUGAACAAACUAAUUUUUCAAACAUAGAAAAUGAAAAAAAAGAAAAUGAUAAAUUGGAAGACAUGGUAGGUAAUAGUAAUACCUUAGACUAUUACGUAGAUAAGCUCUUCUAUUAUAAAAAUAAAAUUAAUUAUAAAUAUUUAAUUAUAAAUAAGUUUGAAUUUCAUACAGCAGGAAUUAAUAUAUCAUUAAAAGAACUGAAUGAUAAGAAUUAUUAUUUCCUAGCAUUUGUUAAUAAUAAUUUGUUAUUCUUCUUAUAUUUUUAUUCAAAAUAUAAAACUAUAUUAGAUUAUGUAUCGAAUGAAAAUGUGUUUAAUCUUACCACCAAUUAUAUUUAUCCUAUUGAAAAAGUAAAGUUUAGUAAAGAAGGAAAAUAUUCACAUUAUUAUAUGAGUGGACACUUGGAGAAAUAUCGAACAAACACUAACGGAUAUAGGAAAGAUACGAUAAGGUUAUCCACUAUAUCAAUGUUGAAAAAGAAGAGAAAAAGAAAAAAAAAAAAAAUGAAAAGAUUAAGUAAUCAUAGAAUAAUAAAUAAUUAUGACAAGGAGAAAAUAUAUAUCAAUAAUGAUGAUAAUAUUCUCCCAAAAAAAAAGAAUAAGAAAUUUGUUAAUAUGAAAAAAGGAAGUCUUCAUAUGGAUAAUAUGAAUAAACUCAAUAAAGAAAACAACAACAACAACAACAACAACAAUAAUAAUAAUAAUAAUAAUAAUAAUAAUAAUAAUAAUGCAACAUCAAAUAUAAAUCAUUUUGUUGAUUUUAAAGAAAAUAAUGAACAAAUAGAAACAAAUAGUAUUUGUAGCAUAAAGUUUCAAAAAACCAAAACCAGUGUAUUUUCAUUUACAAACGAGAAUAAUAAUAAGGAUGAUAAAGAUAUGACACAAGAAAGACGUGUAAACAAUGGACUAUCCAAAAAGAUUAAAACAACUAUACAAAAAUUUUUUACUAGAAAAUUAUCACAAACAUUAUUAUUAAGUAAUAAAAAGAAAGAAAAAAAAAAACAAAAAAAGGAUGAUCAUUCUUUAGGUAGUCUUAAUUCUAUAUACUUUAAUCAUAAAAAAAAGAAACCAUUUUUAAAACAACAUGAUAAGUAUAAAAAUAAUAUAACACAUGAAAAAUAUCUUUGUUUAAAAAAUAAAGAAGCCUAUUUCAAUAAAACCAUAAAUUUCAACAUGAAAAUUAAUUUAUUGGAAACAUGGUUUAUACAAGAUGAUUUAUUUAUGUAUAAUAAUCAGGAAAAUAUAAAUAAAAAUAUAAAAAUGAGUUAUUUUUUAAAAAAAAGUAGAAAGAAAAAAAAUAAUAAUGAGGUGAUGAAGAAGAAAUAUACAAAUAAGGAUACAUAUGAAGGAAUUAAAACAAUCAGUGAAGAAAUGGAUAAUUCACAUAGAGAUGAAAGAAAAAAGCAAGCAAGUAGUAUAGAUACUGAAGUAGGUGAAAUAAUGAAGGUUGUAAAAAAAUUACGAAUAAAAUCACUUAGUUCUAGUAACUCAAGUAAUAAUUUAAAUAUUUUAAAACUUUUAUGUAAAUCCAAAAUUUAUAAUAACACUUUUAUGGAUAAAAAGAUAAGGAAACAAAUUUUUUAUCUAGCUAAAAGGAAACGAUCAAUGAAUGAUGAAGUGUUGGAUGAAGAAUGUAUAAAAAAAAUGAACUUAAAUAAAUAUAGUUUGAAGAAUACCUAUAAAGGUAAAAAAAGGAUAACACUAGAUAUGGACAAGAUAGAAAUGGAAUCAGAAGAUUUAAAUAGGUCUAAAAUGGUGAGUCAGAUAGAUUCUAAUAAUAAUUUUAUGAGUAAUGAGGGAAACGAUCCUAAUAAUAAUUAUGAUAAUGAACAUGAUUUAGACGAUGAUGAUGAUGAUGAUGAUAAUGAUGAUGAUUCAUUAUGCUAUUUGUUAAAAGACCCAAAUCGUGAUGAUAAUACAUAUGAUAACAAUUAUGAUAAUGAUCUUUAUAUACAUCGAAAAAAUCAUGUUCAGAAAAAUUUUGAAAACGAACUUUUUGAUACAAUUAUAGAUAAUGAAAAAAGUUAUAGAAGAAGAAAAAAAUAUUUUAAAUUGAAACAGAUGGAAGAAAGAAAAAGAAAAAAAGAACAAGAAAGAAAAAGGAAGAAAAAAGAAAACCUUAAAGAAAAUAAAAGAAAUGUUUGCUUAUCUAUAAUAUUUAGUAUAAAUAUAAAUCAUAAAGAAAAGAAAAAUGAACAUUUAUUUUAUUUAGAAUCUGAAGUAAAUAAUUUUAAUAUUAUGUUAGGAAAAUGUUAUUCAUUUAAUGAAAUAUAUGAUAAACUGAAAUUAUUUAAAGGAAAAACAAAUAUGAAAUCGUCUAUAAAUGAUUCCAUAAUAUUUGAUUUGAAUUAUAUGAACCGAAAUAUAGAUUAUAUAAAAUCAAGAAGUAGCUUUUAUACAAUUAGAAAUAAUAAUGAUAAUAUUAAUAAUAUUAAUAAUAUUAAUAUUAAUAGUAUUAAUAAUAAUAAUGACAAAGAACAACUAAAGAAAGAGUUAGAAUAUUUAUUUUACGAUAACAGUAAUUUUUACGAUAUAUAUUAUAAUGAAAUGAAGCAAACGGAAAGAUUAAAAAUUAUGCUUUGUAAUAAAAAAUUAAAAAAAGAAAGAAAGAAUGAAAUAAAGAAAGAUAAAAAGAAAAUGUGUAUAAAUAACAAAAACGAUUAUAACAAUAAAAGUUAUGAUAAUGAUAAUGAAAAGAAAAGAACAAGAAAAAAAAAAUAUAUAAAUAUAAAAAAUAAGAAAAAUAAAAAAGAUAUAGUAAAUAAAAAUAUGUUUUACAGGAAUAAUUUAAUAUAUAAUACAAAUGAAGAAUUUAAUGAAUCCAAUAGACAUUCAAUUUAUUAUAGUAAUGGCAAAAAUAUAAACAGUUCUAAUAUUUUGUUUUUAUUAACAUAUAAGACAAAAGUACUUUAUGAAGAUAAAUAUAAUAUAUUUUUGAAUGAAAAUAAUAAUAUAUUUAUGCCCAAUAUUAAAGAAGAAAAUGAAUGGUUUUUAAAUAUGAACAAUAUUUAUUUCAUGAUAAAAUCAAGAGAAGUAAAAAAGUCUUAUAAAAUAAUAUUCAAAGAAUUAUUAAUUAAUAUUACUAUUGAUAAUAUAAAAGAGUUGUAUAAAUUGUAUAAUAAUUUCCGUUAUAAUAUUUAUUUUGCAAGCUUCUAUAAAAACUAUUUUUCUUUUUUCAAAAAUAUAUAUAUUCACCCAUUUAAGAAUAAAAAUCAAAGCCUGCUUAAAAAGUCCAGCGAAAAAUUGGAGAUACAAAAUAUUUAUUUGAGAAAUAUGCAUAAGUUUAAAAUGUUAAAGAAUCAUAUUAUUUAUAAUAAAUUGAAGCAAAUGAGUAAAAAUAAGAUUUAUAGAAUAAAUAAAAAUAAAUAUAUCUACCAACAGGAAAUAGAAGGAAAUAAAAAAUUUUCCUUUCAAAUGAACAAAAAUAAAUACAUCCAUAAAAAUAAUAAUUGCGAUAUAUAUUAUUCUGAUAAUGAAAACGAUAAUUUAGAUAUUAUUAGUAGCAACCAAAAUGAUAGACAUUACAAAUACGUGAAUAGGAAUAAAAUGAAGAAACGACGAAAUGUACAAAAUAAUAAAAUUGGUAAAGAUAAAAAGAACAAAUCAAAAGACACAGAAAGGGAAAAGUUAAUAUAUAGUAUAAAGAAUACUAAAAAAUUAGAAAACAUCGAAAGUCAAAAAUGUACUAAUAAAGAUAAUAAAAUAUUGUAUACAUCAUUUAGUAAUAAAAAUGAAAUAUUUAAUGUGCAAGAUAAAUAUACUUAUAAAGAAAGGAAACAUAUAAAGGAUAUCUCGAAAAAAGGAAAUGAAAAAAUGAAAGGUAAUCUAUAUAAUUUAAUUAAAAGAAAAACUAUAUAUGAACAUAACUGGGAAGAAAACCAAUAUAACUAUAACAAUAUAAAUACAUUGUAUUAUGCUCGUAGACGUUUUCUUAUAUCAAAUAUGAAUAUUUAUAAAAAGAUGGUAGAUAGUUAUAUAAAAAUUCAACCUUUGAUUAAUUUAGAAAAUACGAAUAGGAAAUAUUUUGAAAUUAUUUACAAUAUAAAAGAAAAAUAUACAGAAAUAGAAUUAUACAAAGAAAACUUAUAUAAUUUAUAUAAUCAGAUAUUUUUAAUAAUUAAUAAUAUUAAUAAUGAAAAAAAUAUUAUAUGUCAUGGAUUGAUAUUUUUAAAAUUAUUAAACUGUUUCUAUCCAUAUAAUAAUAAUUAUAUAAGGAAUUUACUUUAUUAUUUAUUUGUAUUUUCUAAGUAUAAUAAAUUCGCAUAUUAUUUAUGUAAUAUCAAAAAAUAUUUUCAUUAUAAUUAUUUCCUUACAUUUACCAAAAUUCUACAUACAAAUGAUAUAUGGAAUGAUAUUCAUAUAAAUCAGAAGACAAAUAAUAAUUCUAAGGCAUUUUAUAAAACUAGUCAAGAAUACUAUUCUUUGCAAAAAGAUACAAAACAUGUACCUAUUAUUUUAAAUACAAAUCAAAGAAUCAAUGAAAACAUUUCUAUACACAAAGAAAUUACGGAAAAUUUUAAGAAGGAAGGGAUGUUUAAGGAAAAUAGUUUUAAUAAGGAUAAAAAUAACAUAACAUUCUUUUUAAUAAAAUUCUUACUUUAUUUUUAUCAUCCUUAUAAAUUAAAAUAUGAAAAAGGUAAACGUAAGAUAAUAAAGAAGACAAAUUAUAUGAAUAAACAAAUAAGAGGGGGGGAAAAAAAAAAAGGAAGAACAAAAAAAGAAUAUGGAGGUAUGCUUAAUAAUGAUGAUUGUGUAUCAUUACUAAAAAGAAUAAACUUAAAAAAUUAUCGAAAAAAAAGAAACAAAAGUAAAAAACAGUUAUUAAAACAAGCAAUAGAAAAUUGGAGUGAUGCAAAUAUUUUAAAUGAUUUUAAUUAUAAAAAUAAAAAAGAAAAUAUAGAUAAUUAUAAUUAUAAUGAAUAUAUGAUUACCAAUUCAGAGUUAAGUUGUCAAAAAAGUUAUUAUGAUAAAAAUAGUAUAAAAAAAAAGAGUAUAUAUAGUAUUAAUAGUAAUGAUAAUUUAAAAUGUAAUAUUAUAAAUUGCUUAGAAGAUAUUUAUUUAAAUAAUAAAUCGGAAAAGUUGUUAGAUCAAAAAAAAGAAUUUUAUGAUUUUAAUAAAAAGGAGAAGAAAAUAAAAAUAAAUGUAGAUAUACAUAAUAUAUGCUUAAAAAUACACCAAUUGAAUAAAGAAAAUAUAUUAACAUUAAAUGUGUAUGAUUUAAAUUAUUAUUUAUUUACUUGUCUUUACAAAUAUGAAUUUUUGUUCUUUAAUAAAAAUGAAUGUGUAAGAUUUUAUUUAAAUGAAAAAUUGCAACAUAUGAAAUUUGAAGACUUAUAUAAAGAUAAUAAAAUGAAUGAAUGUGCAAAAAAUGUAAUUAGUAAUAGAUAUACGGACAAUGAAUGGUAUGAUAUAUCAUAUUCUAAUUCUAGUAUAUCAAAUAACGAUAAUAAUUAUUAUGAAACAUGUCGAGAUGAAGAUAAUAAUAUAAAAAAGCCUAACUAUAUAAAAAUGAAUUUAACAUUUAAAAUUGGUUUAAGAACAUAUGAUAAUAUGUAUAAUAUUCAAGAUAAUAUAAUUAAUCCAACAACAAUUAAUUUUUAUAUAAAAGAAAAAUUUAAAUAUUUUCCUAUCUUAAAUAUUCAUUUUUAUACAACUAGUAUAAAUAUAAAUAUAACCACAUCAUUUUUAUAUUUGUAUCAAUAUUUAUUUGCAAAUUUAAAUUUUAAAAAGGAAUUCAAUGAAGUUAAAAAUUCCAAAAUAGAAAUAUACAAUGAUCUACAUUCAGAAAUUAUAAUAUUUUAUAAAACAAGAACAAAAAAUAAUAACUAUAUAUGGAAAUUAGUUAUAAUAAAUAAAAAUGAAUAUCAUGAAUUCCCUUGUGAAUGUUUAUAUUUUUGUAUAAACAAAAAGAAAGAAAAGAAUACAAUAAAUUCUGAAUUUCAAGGUAUGAAUAGAAAUUCAGAAGAUUAUAUUAUAACUAAUGAAAAUGACUUAAAUAAUUUAUUUAAAAACAUAUCUAAAAUAGGUUUCAAGAAGCAGAAUAUAUAUAAUUUAGUUUCUAAGCAUGAAAAACAUUUAUUGUAUGAUAAUACACAAAGUGUUUAUGAUAUUUUAUAUCAAUUUACUUAUAAAAUGCCAUUUCUGUAUAAAAAUUAUGAUAACGAUAAUAAAAUUAUUAAUAUUAUUAAAAAAAAAUCAUCUUGGAUAUAUAUAGGAGUUCUUUAUACGGACGAUUUGUAUUCCCGUGCCUACAAAAUACCAAACGUUAAAUAUAAUCUUCUUGUUGAACCCGAAAUUGUUAGGAACAAGUGGUGCCUAUGCAUAGGAACGUGCAUUCAAAUUGAAAAUAACACGGGACUAUAUUUUCGAAUAUACAAAGAAGGAAAGACAAAUUACUUUUCAAGAGUAAAUUUCAAAUGGUAUAAACGAAAAAAAAAUAAAUCCAAUAGUAAUUAUUCCAUGUGGGAAAAAGGCACAAAGAAAGGUUCCCAUGAAAGUUCUAAAUCAAGAAAUGAUAUAAUGAAAAUAAAAAGUUAUAACAGAAAUUUUAUAUCUUAUAUGGAUAAACUAAAAAAGAAGAAAAAGAGGAAAGAGAAGAAAAUAAAAGAUAAAGAUUAUAUAAAUAUUUUACCUUUUAGUAAAAGAGCUAUACCUAUAUUUUGGUUAUAUGAUUGUACAUUACCAUAUAUAAAAAUUCUAAGGAAAAAAGAGAAAAAACGUCAUUCGAAGAAUUUAAGAAAUAGUUAUAAUGAUGAAAGAUUAGAUAUAGAAGCUGUUCCAUUCAAUAUUUUAUAUAAACUUUUAAAUAAGUAUGCAUUAAAUAAUAAUAAUCUUUAUCAAAAAAAAUUGGAUAUUUCACCUUUUGAAUUAACAUUUAAAAGUUUAAUCAUGUUUCAUUGUUAUGUAAAAGUAAAAGAUGUACCUACUCAACAUAUAAAAGAAACAUCAUAUAAUUAUUCCAUUGUUAUUGAACCAAUGGUAACAAUUAAAAAUAAUUUACCUAACCCUAUAACUGUUAUAGUUCGAUUAAAAAAGGAUAAGAAUAUAUUUAAUUUGAGUAAAAGAAAAUAUGACAAUAAAGUUGAAGAUAAAAUUUUUUAUAAUAGCCAUAAUAAUAAUUUUAAUAAUAAUAUUGAUAAUAUUGAUAAUAAUAAUAAUAAUAAUAAUAAUUAUUAUUAUAAUUAUUAUUUUAAUCAUUAUAGUAAUUACGAAAUGAAUGAUGAUAUAACCAAAAUAUUGAAAAAACAAGAAAUGUUUGCUCUGGUUCCUCCUCAUCAUUAUUGGUCCUUACCUAUUUGUUCUCAAGCAUUUUAUAUGAAAAUUUUCUAUCAUGGUUUACAAAUUGAAAAAAUGAAUUUUAUUUGUGAUUAUAUGAAUGAAUUAACAAAUUAUUUUGAUUAUAAACAUGUUAAGCUUCCUGAUAUGAAUGAACACCCAUUAUUUACCAGCAAGUUUGUUAAUAGUAUUAAUGAGGAGCAAAACCAAAAUAGAAAUAGGAAAGAUAAUUAUAUGAAUAAUAUGGAUAAUAAUGAAAAUAUAAUACAUCAGAAAAGAAGUGAUCAACACCUUUUCGAUGAAAUCAUUAAAAAUGAUAACAACAAUAAUAUAAAAUGCAAAUACAGUAAUAAUCAUGUUGAUAAUGAUUAUUAUUAUAAUGAUCGUAAUAGAAAUAUUAAUUAUUGGGCAUACAAAUAUUCACUUGAGUCACAUAAAAAAAAUAAUAGUGUAUUCCUAUACAAUGAUAUUAUAAAACAAAUACAAAAAGAUGAAAUGUUGGAUCAAAAUAAUUUUAGACAUAAAACAAAUAAAUAUAAUAAUUAUCCAUUCAAUAAUAAAUCCAGUUUUUGUAGAAUAAAUAGAAAAAAUUCAAAUAAUUACAAUAACAAUGAUGAUAAUAAUAAUAAUGAUAGUAAUGAUAAUGAUAGUAAUGAUUAUGAUAGUGAUUAUUAUUUUUGUUCGAAGAAGAAAAAAAAAAUGAUGGAUACAAAUAAUUUCUUAUAUGUUAGUGAAGGAUUUUUUCCCAUAUAUAUGCCAACAACCGAUACUAUUACAACUACAAAAAUUUUAAAUCAUAAAUAUGGGUUAAUAGGAGAUAUAUUUUCAUACGAAGAAUUAAAAUUUAUUUAUUUUGAAAACAAAGUAAAUCAAAUGAAUAGAAAAGUUUAUGAUAAUCUAUAUAUAUUCAAAAGUAUUACUAUGUCUGCUGAUGUUUCUCGAAGAAGAAUCGAUUUUUAUUUUCCUUUCUUUUUUGAAAAUACAACAAACGUAUGCCUAUAUGUUAACAAUAAAUUAUUACCUCCUAACAGCCGUUUAUAUAUGACAGAAGAAGAAGCGAAGAAUGUAAAGAUAAAAUCAUAUAAACAUGAUAAUAUGAAUAAUAAAAUAUUAUGUAGUAAUGUUAGUAGCAAAAUUGAUUGUACAAAAACGAAUAUGAUACGUCCUUUAAUAAAUUUAGUUUAUAGAAAAAUAAAUAGAAAACAAAAGGUACGGUUUUGGGAAAAAUAUGAAGAACGAAAAAAGAAAAAUGUUAAAGAUAAUAAUAAUUCUAUUGAUUACAAUGCAAAUGUUGAUGUGAUAUCCUUGAAGAACGAACAAAUGGAAAUGAGAAACUUAAAUGGAUUUAAUGAUAAAAAGAAAGACAUAGAAACGAUGAAUAAUGAAGAAAUUCAUAUUGAGGAGAAACAUAGAACAACCGACAAUAUAAAUUAUUUAAAAAGCUGUGAAGUCAAACAAAAUACAGAAAAAGAAAAUCAUGAAUUAAUACAAAAAUUAAAUAAUUAUCAAAAUAAAAAAUUGGAAAAAAAAAUGAAUGAUUCUAUACUUUCAGUUAAUUUGUGUGAAUCAGUUGAUAGUACAACAAAUAGGAAUGAUUCAUAUCAUGCUAAUUCUUCUAAAUAUACAGAAAUGUUACUCAAUACAAGUGAAAAUAGUCAUAACAAAAUAGAUAAAGUUAAAAGCCAUAAAGCACGUAAAAAUGUAUUUAAAUAUCUCCUAAGAAAUGAAAGGUUGUUAUUUAAAAGAAGAAGAAUGAAUAAUAAUAAAAACAAAGUAAAAAAAUAUAAAAAGGCAAAUAAAAAAAAUAAUAACAUGGAUGAUGAUUAUAAUAAUGAUAAUAAUAAUAAUAAUAAUAAUAAUAAUAAUAAUAUUAUUAUUAGAAGGAGUAGAAGAAAAGGACUGAGAGCUUUUGAUAAUAUAAAAAUAAUGAAGAGAUUUAGAUUAUUUAAUAAAACUAUACAAUCGAGCAAAUUAAAGGAACAUGAGGAUGAACUGGAACGCUUUGAUGAUACUGAAGGGGAAGAAAUGGAAGAUCAGGAAUUUGAAGAACAUUAUGAUGAAAAUAAUGAUGAGAAUGAUGUCUAUAAUGAUGACUAUAAUGAUGAAUAUAAUUAUGAUGAUAAUAACGAUGACUACCAUAAUGAUGUUCAUAUUCACAAUGAUCAACCACCCGAACUAAAUCGCUCCAUUAAUAGUUCCCCACAUUAUGAAGAUGAUGACAAUUUAAUAACAGAAAUGAGGAAAGAAAAAAACAAAAAGGAUAAAAAAAAUGAAAAAGGAAAAAUGAAAAAUUAUAUAUUUAAUAGAAACUCAUAUACUCUGAAUAAAAAGGAUAAAAAAAAAAUUUCUUCUAACAAAAAGAAAGGGAUAUCCAAAAGAGAUUCUAAUCAAUUUUCUAAAAAAUUCAAUUAUGAUAUUAUGAAUAUUUAUAAUGAAGAAGAUGUAAUAAAUGAUAUAGAAAAUGAUCAAGAGAUAUCAGAUGAACGCGCAGACAUGGAGGCAUCACAUAAAUCGAAAAAAAGUAAAUUAUUUAAAAAUAAUAGUAUUUUAAGUUUGAAUAUUAAUAAAAAAAGGAAAAAGAAGAUUACAAUUAAAAAUUCUGCAAAAAGAAAGAAUAAUAAAAAUAUAAAAUAUGGUUUAAAGAUGAAAUUUUCAAUAAAUCCUUUUUUCAUUAAUACUACUGAAAAAAAGAAAAAAUAUAAUGAGGAAGAAGAGAAUAAUUAUGAUGAAAAUAAUAUUAAUAAUUCUGACAAUUUUAAUUCAUCUGAAAAAUUAACAGACAGUAGUAAUUCUAAACAAAGCGAAAAAAAUGGAAUCGAAUUUAUCAGUGCUAAUGAUGGUUAUAUGAUUGAUAAAAAAUUAAGCCAAUUUGAUGAGAAGGAGUUAAACACAAACAAAAAUAUAAGAAGCAUUGAGAAAAAUAAUUAUAUUACAAAUCAUGUAGACGAAAAAAUUGAGAAUGAAGAUGAUCCUGUUAAUGACAAAGAAGAAAAUCAUAAUGAACAUAAAAAGGAAGACGUAUCAAAUAAAGAAAAAAAAGAAAUGUUAUAUAAAUAUAGUUCCAAAAAAAAAAGUAAAGAAAGAAGAAAAAUAAAAAUAAAUACAAAAGAUUCGAAUGAAGGAGGUUACUUAUCACUUGGUAUUUGUGUUAGAUAUGCAGAAGAACCAUUUAAUAAAUCUAAAAUUGUUACAUUUGUGAAUAGUUAUAUAUUUAUAAAUAGGUUACCAUUUGAUAUCAAAAUAGUUACCGACUCUGUUCGAAAAAAAUCAGAAACUUUUUUUAUAAGUCAGAAUGUUAAUAAACUAGAAAUAAAUGAUACUUAUAAAAAUUUAUUUCAACUAGAAAGGAAAAAACUGAACGAACAUAAAUGUAACAAUAUCUCAUCAAUACAGCCAUUAAUAGAAGAAAAUGAAACAUUUUUUGAAAAACAAUUUAAUAAUAGUAAUAGUUUAGGAAAAGAAAAUAGUAGUAAUUAUGAAAAAAGUAUAAAUCAAAAUAGAGAUGAAGAAUCAUGUAAAAUGAAUACUAGUAAUAUUGAAAAUAAUAUUAUAAAUAACAAUAAGAAUACAGAUAUAUAUAAUCUUGGUAAUGAUAAUUAUAAAAAUAAUAAUGAACAUGAUAUUUAUCAUAUUAAUAAUGAUCAUAAUAUUAGUAAGUCAAACAGUUUAAAUAAACAUAAUAGUAGUAUUAAUGGCAAUAUCACAUAUGUAGAAAAAAAUGUAAGCGAUAAUAAUGUAAAGAAAGAUUCAUCGAAAUAUGAAUUAAAUGAAGAAAAUAAAGAUAAUAUAAAAAAUGAAGGGGAUGAAAAAGGAGGAAAAAACAAAUCUAAUGAAACAUACAUAAGAAAAGGAGAAAUAGUAUCUUUCCAUUAUCAUCGUAAUCAUAUUAGAAUAAAAGAUAGUGAAAACAAAUAUAGCUCUUUACCAUUUUCAUUAAUACCUAAAAAUGUACCAUCAAAUUUUCAAAUAGAAUUAUUUAAUGUUAACAAAUCACAAAUUAACAACACUAAUAAUUUAUUAGUAGAAAUAAAUAUAUGUAGUGGUAUUUUUGGUGAUAAACAACAAUUACCAUAUACUUAUAAUGGAUACUUUUAUAUUCUUAGUCUUCCAGUCAGACCACAAUUUGAAAUAAUCAAUGCUACUAAAUUUAUAAUUGCAUAUGCUACUGAUAUUAAUAAAUAUACGAAAAGAUAUAUGAAUAGUAGUAAUUAUAAUACAUACUUAAAUAGAUAUAAUAAGGAUGGUGAUUACUCAGUAAAAAUGAUUUAUCCUUAUAGCUCUAUUUAUUACACAUUAAGACAUAACAAUGAAAUUGAAUCAUCAAAAAUUGCUUUAAAAAUUGUAGGAGUACAAAAAAGUUCCUGGUGUAUAAAUACAAUAAACUCUUUUAUUGACAACGUUGUUAUAUUACCAUAUAGAAUAUAUGGAGAUAAUUUAUUAUCACGUAAGACUAAAAGAAAUACUAAAAAUGAAAUAUUUAAAGAUGAUAUGUCGCAAAUGUCAUAUCAAAUAAAUGAUUCGUCUUCUGAUAAAUUAAGUUCCAAAAGUGAUUCUAUUAAUUCUAAUAAUAUGGAACGUUAUAUAAACGAUGAUGAGGAAAAUGAUAAUUUAUUCCUUGGUCAUAAUUUGAUAAAUAAAAAACUAUAUUCCUUUUUAAUUAUACGAGAUAAUGGUAGUAGAGCUAUUGUGAUUACGGAAAAAUAUAAUUUGGCUAGAAAAAUUGUUAGAACCAAAAAUUUUAGUAAAAUUCAUAAAUUGAUAGCUUUAAAUAGUAGAAAAAAAAUAUUAUUAUCGCAAAAAAAUAAUAAUAAGAAAUAUAUAUUAAAUCGUAAUAUGAAGAAUUUUAUUUAUUUUAAUUUUCCAAAUGUACCAAUAAUAUAUAAAUUUAAUAUACCUAGAAUUACCUUUACAUGGAUACAUAGACAAGAUGUUAUUAUAGCUAUUCAUUUAACCCAAUUGAAAUAUAAUGGACAUAUAUAUCCUAAAGAAAUUGUAAAUAACGACAUUACAGAAAUGUUUACACCUAUAAAUAUCUUAAAGAAAAAAGAAUUAAACGAAUAUGUACAAUUUGUUUUCUUAAACAGUUAUAUUAAUUCCAUAUUUCUAAUUGAACAAAUACAUAUAGAUCAUUUUGUAAAAGGUGAUAUUCCUGUUAUUUUGAAAAGUACUAAUAUUGAAGAAGAUGAAAAAGAAAAUAUCUUUUUAUAUAUACAUAUAAAACAAUAUUGUGUUGAUUCAUUAAAACAAGCACCUAUAUAUCAAAGCAUAACAAUAAAAAUAUCUCCCUUAAAUGCCAAUAUUGAACUGUUAGUAAUUGAACAAUUAAUUGAAAUAAUAGAAAAAGAAAAACAGUUAUUAUUAUUAUAUGAAAAGAAUGAUAAAUCUUUACCACCACUCGUAAGUACAUCUAAAACAGCUAAAAGUGCAAUCAAUACAACAUUAAAAAUUUAUUCAGAUAGGAACUUUUUACAAAUGUUAUAUAUGGAUGAAUAUAUAAAACAUAAAAUGGGACAUGAUGUUUCGGAACAAAAUAUAGAAAUUGAAAAUAAUAGAUUAAUUAAUAGUGUAAACAGAAUUGAUAAUACAAGUUAUAAAAUGAUAGGUCAUAAAAAAAGAGUAGAUAAUAUAUAUAAUGAUAUUAAUAAUAUGAACAUCAAACCUAAUGCUUAUUCUUAUUAUUUUAGCUCCACUAAAGCUCGAAUGAUUAAACAUAAUAAAAUUAUUAAUAUUAAUAAUAUAUCCCCUAAUAUAUUUUCAGAUGAUAGUACUAAAAGUUCUAAUUCUAGUAAAUCUAGUCAUAAAAAUAAACAAUAUAUUUUAGAAAAGAAAAUAUGUAAAUUAUUAUUGGGUUAUUAUAAAUAUAAGAAAAUACAUAAUUUAAUUAAUAAUACUUUUUAUAAUAUAAAUAAUAUAAAUGAUGAACUAUUAUUACCAAUAAAAAUUCAAUAUUUUAAAAAUAGAAAAAUUUUUAUGAAUGCAUUUUCAUCCCAUUUAUUUUUACAUCCAAAUCCAAGAUGGAUAGAUAACAAAAGUAAACCUGUUUAUAUAAGAGAAUUUAAAAUUCAUCCAAUAGAAAUAAUUGCAUCUAUAAGAACAUCAGAACAUCGAAUUUCAAGAAGAGUUUUACAUAUAGUUGAUGCUUUACCAUUGGAUACACCUUCUAUGCGUAUACGUUUAAUAUCACAAAAAAGAAAUUAUAUUGUUUGUACAUGGGAUGGAUUAUUUCAAUCAUUACGAAUAUCUUAUUUUAGACAAUUAUUAAGACAAUCUUUACCAAGUGCAUGGUUAUCUAAUCCAUUUGCUAUUAUAAAAGGUUUUAUAAAAGGGUUGUGUGCAUUGUAUAAAGAAUCGGUUAGAGGUGUUAAAACAAGUUCCAACUUUUUUGAUGGUUUUAUGUCAGGUUUUAAGUGUGGAAUUAUUAUAUUAGUUGUUAAUACUGUUGGUGGGUUAUUUCAAUCAUUGAGUCAUAUGUUAAAUGUAUGUCAUAAAUUAAUGGGUGGCUCAAGACCUAGACCUCCUAGUAUUUUAGAUUCGAUCAUUUUAGGAUUAGAUGGAUUAAUUUUAGAUACAUUCUAUAGACCUUGGGUUUCCUUAGUAACACAACCUAUCAUAUCUAUUAAUAAGGGAAAUAGUACUUUUAAAACAACUUGCAUAAUUAUUGGUUGUAUUCUUCGAUGUAUCUUUUCACCUGUUUUUGGUUUAUUAAACUUUUCCGCAUCUAUAACCGAAGGUUUCGCCAAUACAUUAAUAGGAGACUUUGAGCGAUUUUCUAGAGUUCAAGAACGAGCAGAGUUUGAGACAGAAAAGAUUCAUAAAUCCAACACGACAUUUAAAAAGGGCAAAACAUUAAAAAAAGUAGGAAAAAAAAAGGUUUAA